CCUUCAGCGGUUCAAGUUUGAGGACAGACCGACCCCCCCCCCCUGCAAAUUCUCAGCGAACCCCAAAAAGUGAGUUUGAUGGAAGAGGAGGUUGUGGGUAUGCCGGCCCUGCCCCGUGUGGCGGUGUGCGGCGGGACCCACGGGAAUGAGCUGUCAGGUGUGUACCUGAUCCGAGAGUGGCUGAAGAUGGAGAGGAAGGUGGAGGACAGCGAGCUGUUCUCUGUGCUGACAGUGCUGUCGAACCCGCGGGCCGUCCAGCAGGGUCGCCGAUACACCGAGAUGGACCUGAACCGCUGCUUCACCCACGCCACCCUCAAUCGUCCGAUAACAGAGCAAACCCCAUACGAGAUCAUCAGGUCCCAGGAACUGAACUCUCUGCUGGGACCUAAAGGGAGCUCCAAUGCUGUGGAUCUCAUAUGUGACCUCCAUAACACCACAGCCAACAUGGGCCUGUGCCUCAUCGCAUACUCUGAUUGUGACUGGAUCUGUCUGCACAUAUUCAGAUACUUGAAGAGGCAGAUGUCAGACAUACCAGUUAGAUACAUCCACUUUGACCUCCCCCCCAAAGAGGCAUAUUCUCUCGAGUCUGUAGGAAAGCAUGGUUUUGCAAUAGAGAUUGGCCCUCAGCCCCAUGGUGUAGUGAGGUCCAACACCUACACAGCCAUGAAAGCUGGCGUCCAGCAUGUGCUGGACUGGAUCCGUCUCUUCAACUCAGGGACUGUAUUUGAGGGAGGAUCCGUCGAGGUUUACACCAUGGUGAAGAAUAUCGACUACCCAAGAGACCGUGAAACUCACAACAUCACAGCAGCCAUUCACCCUCAGCUCCAGGACAAAGACUUCUGUCUCCUUCACCCCAAUGACCCCAUCUUCCAGACUUUCUCAGGAGAAACCCUGGGGUACAAAGGGAACGAAUCGCUACAUCCUUUUUUCAUCAAUGAAUGUGCCUAUUACGAGAAGGGCAUCGCUCUGUCCCUGGCGAGGAGGAGGUGCGUGAAGAUCCCCACCAUCCAGAUGCAGAGAGGUUUACAGCAUCAGGACGAAAGGGGAUUUACGUCAGAGGAACUGGAAUAACCCUGGAUCAUAAAGACGUAUUUGAAACGUGCAACGUAUUCCAAGGAUGUCUAAUUCUUGACU